AUGGGCAACAAAGCGUCCGUAAGUGAUGUGGUAACUACAGCUUAUCAAGCUGAUCGCGACGAAGUUUCUGAUCUACCACCGCUUGAUUUGCUAAAGGAUAUGAACGCCGAAUCAAGAAAAGCCACUCUGCAAACAAAAAUUAAAGAUGGCGAUGACCUUGCCACUCCUCUCAUUAUCGCUGCUCGUGAUGGAAAACUGGAUUUUGUGAAGGUUCUUUUACGUUAUGAAGCAAACAUCGAGGCCCGUGGAACGAUUAAGAUUGACGGAGAAGUUAUAGAAGAUUGUACAGCUUUGUGGAUUGCUGCUGCCAAAGGUCAUUUUGAUGUUGUGAGACUAUUGAUCGAACAAAAUGCCGAAGUCGACGGCAGAACAUUGACUAAUUCGACUCCGUUGAGAGCUGCUGCCUUCGAUGGACACCUUGAUAUUGUGCGCUGUUUGGUUGAGAACGGAGCUGAUGUAAAUGCACGCACUAAUUUCAAUAGUACUCCUCUGAUGCUAACCUGUCACAACGGCCACCUGGAUGUUGCUUCCUAUCUUGUCAAACACGGCGCAAACAUAAAUCUACAAGACAACCAUGGACGCUCGUGUCUUCAUGAUGCUUCGAAACGGGGUCACGUUCAGCUAGUUUGUAAGUUGCUUGCUUUAGGAGCGAAACAAACACAAACACUGGAUCGUUUAACACCACUUCUUGAAGCCAGUAAUGAUUGUAAAAUUGAAAUUGUGGAGUGGUUCAUCAACCGACCAGAAUAUUCAAAGGAACAGAGAAUUGAUGCUCUUGAGCUUCUUGGAGCCACCAUUGCUAAUGAUGCUGAUGCUUAUGACAUUGAAAAAGCGUUUAGUUUCAUGAAGCGAGGAAUGGAGGAGAGGUAUGAGGAUCCGUCAUGUCCUUUGCUUAAAAAGAAAAUGGAACCAGUGGAGGCUUAUCAAAAUAGAACAGAGAGUCAAACUCUUGAGGAACUUUCUCUCUUAGAAGGUGAUGAUCAUGCUAUCCAGAUGGAAGGACUUAUGAUUAGAGAGAGAAUCCUGGGAACCGACAAUACAAUACUACGGUUUCCGAUACGUUACCGAGGAGCUGUCCUAGCUGAUUUUAAGAAGUACCAACUCUGUGUUGGUUUGUGGACACGAGCGAUGGAGAUAGCUAUGUAUCACAAUGUUCCAAAAACAGAGGAGCUUGAAAACCUCACAGAUCUAAUUGCAGAAAUGGUGCAGAAUGGUUACAGUUUGAGUCCACAAAAUAUCGUGAACAUUUUUGAAAAACUUAUUGAUGGAAAAGCGAAACUUUCCGAAAAGUUAAAGCCUGUUGAAUUAGAAGAAGAACACAAAAAUGAGGCGCAAGAGACAUUGCUUUUUAAUGCUCUUUAUCUCUUGGUGAUGUACACCAAAAUUCAAGUUUCCUUGGAAACGAUAAAGGGCAACAUGAUUGAUCUUCUUCGAAGAUUUCUGUGUUUAGAGCCUCGCACCCGUGAUGGAAAUACACUUUUGCACUUGGCUGUAUGGCAUAAGACUCCUGUUCUUAAAAGCGCUAAUUUGCGAGGUGUGUGUAAGCUUCCCUGUGUUGACACCAUGAAGCUAAUUUUACGCGCAGGGUGUGAUGUGAAUUCUGUUAACACCCAAGGAAACACUCCUCUUCAUUUAGCCGUCACUUUUGUACCAGGACCUGAACAAGUAGAAAUUUUGAAAGAAAUGCUGGAGUUGUUGUUAGAUUUCGGCGCAGAUACAAAGCUUGUUGACAAGAAUGGUCGAACAGUAAUGGACUGCUGCGAGACUGACGAAGCCCGAGGCAUCCUGUUUGCGAAAGGAGGACUGGGUACCAUGAACAUCGAGGCCGGAAAGGUAAGAAAGAUUUGAUUCUUAACGCUUUAUAUAUUUUCCUUAUAUUAUCACAAUAAGCAUCCUGAUAAAAUGGGAGAACUCUUAGUUCACUUCUCCAUGGGAUCUUUGUUGAUUAUGUUUCAUAACGCCUGGUUGCCUUUCUUUUAUUUUAAUGGUUUCCAAACUCAUCUUUUUACGAAUUAAACAAUUCAUUAUGAUGCUGUGAUGGUCAAAGGAAGCUUUAGUUUGGUGCAUUGAAAAUUAAGUGUCACAACCGGAAAUAGAUGAACCAUCAGAGAGUUAAAAUGUUUAUAUAUUAAUAUGCCCCCCCCCCCCAAAAAAAAAGGAAAGAAAAAACAGAACCUGCCUCUCUUGAAGUGUCCCAUAUUCAAGACUAGUGUGUAAAAAAAAGCAAAUGAAUAAAAAAUAAAUGCGCAAGAUAGAUACAACGCAAUCUGAUGGUGACUUUCAAGGCAUAGCAAGCCGUUAAAUAAAGCUAGCAGGCGGGCAUUACCGCAGUGGACUUGUUGAUCAAAAUUAAUAGACUUAUGAUCACCCGUCUGAUUAAUGUUUGUGCAACAAUACAAAGCAAUUUUUAAAAAUGAAAGUUCAAAUAGCAAACCGAGAAGAGUUGAAGUAAUUACUAACUGUCGAUGAAUAGGAAGGAAUUGAAGCUUGAAUUUCCAGGGCAAUUUGCCACUAUGAAAUCAUUACAUGGAGAGCUCGUUUAAAAUAAAUCAUAACAAUUCGUGUGCAGGCUAAACUUAUGAUGUCCAGAUAUCAGUGACAGCAAUGGCUUGAACUCGCACGUAGCAUGUUUUGUAAAGGGUCAACGAGCUAAAUACUCCUUAUAUAAAAAUAGUUUAAAUAGUACGAGUAGAGUCCGUUAGCUAGUAUAUAAAAAUAUCAAUAAGAAUUCAUAUAUACAUAAUGACAUUACUUAGCUGAAGAAGAGGCCUUAGUGGUUUUCAGGGGGUCCACUAGGGAAUAAGCAAACCAAAAAUCUAAAAAAAAAUUAAUCAUGAAACUGGCCUCAGAUAAAUUAAUAAACGGUUAUUUUAAAAGCGCCCAUUAAAAGCUUAUUUAAGUUCUAAUUUCAACUUGAGCAUGGCAUAGGUCUUUUAUUUCUGUUAAACUUAACUAAGGUAAAUCGUGUAAAAAAGGAAAUAUUGAAGUCCCUGAUAAAAAUACAGGUUCUUUUAAUUUCGUUUGACAAGGAAACCCAAUGUACAUGCACCAAAAUGUUUUUAUCCCCUAAGUUACUGUGUGUUUUCAAUUUUUUUUCUAAGGGUAAAGUAACCGGAAGUGGAGUCGGUGAAGGAAGAGGGGAAAGAUUUGUUCCUGGAACCGAAGAAGACCUGAAUGAGAAUGUUAAAAGGGAAACUACAGAGAUAUCAGGUAAGACGAUCUUGUGGAGGAACAAAUUUGUAAAGAAAAAUAAUUGUAGGAAAGACUGGCGAGUUCCGUUAAGAGCUUUUAAGUGACAAUAUUGGGUAACGGAGGAGAACUGAAUAUAUUACAUAUAUAUUUUACAAGGAUAGCAGGCUGGGUGCCAAGUAAUCUAAAAUAUAGUGUCUAAAAUGAUUCAUUUCCUAAAUUUGAACGUCUUUUGAUAUAAUACUUACCCUAAGAGAGAAGAAUAUAUUUUGUUUUGCGUUUCACGCUCUGUGAGAAAAGCUGAAAAAUGUCUUGUUCCAUUUUCAUCACAUAAGUACAUUGGAGGGAGUUGAAACAGCAGCUGGAAAACUUUCAAGAGCAACUAAGAGAGGGUGAUAGACAACUUAGGCAGAUAACACAACAGUUGACAAACGUCCGGAGGCAGCUUCAAGAAAAACAUGGACAACUAAGAGAAAAAGAUCGCCAGCUGAGAGAGAGUGAUAGACAACUAAGAGAGAUGGGAAAUCAGUUGACAGAUGUCCGGAGGCAACUACAAGAGAGGGAUGGAGAACUAUCAGAAAAAGAUCGCCAACUAAGAGAGAGAGAUAGACAUCUACAAGACAGAGAUGAACAACUAAGAGAGAGAGAUGGACAAGUUAGCGAGAUAACAAAGCAGUUGACAAGUGUCCAAGGGCAGCUACAAGAAAAAAACCAAGAAUUUACUUCUUUAGAAAGACAGCUGAGGGCCAAACAGCACGAAAUAGACGAUCUGGAGACGUUUCUUUCAGCAGCUCAAAGGGCGCUAAAUGAACGUUCACACCAUCAGACUCCUGAUUGGCUCAUUCCACGAGAUCAGAUUCGGCUGACGGACAAAUGCCUUGGAAAGGGAGGAUGGGGAAGUGUUACCGAAGGCAAAUACUGUGGCUGCGCUGUGGCCGUCAAGCAGAUAUACGAGGUGAUACUUUCUGAUCACAACCGCCGAUUGUUUGAGCGAGAGAUGAGCAUUGCCGCCAGAUGCCGCCAUCCUUGUAUGCUGCAGUUCAUUGGGGCAACAAACGAUGAAGGAAGUCCUUUGUUUGUAACAGAGCUCAUGGAAUCUAGUUUACGAGCACUGUUAAAACAGCGGCCUCUUUCUUCACCUGAAGUGUCUGUCAUUUCUCUAGAUGUGGCUCGAGCAUUAAACUACCUUCACCUAAAGAAACCAUCUCCUAUUAUUCACCGCGACAUCAGCAGUGCCAAUGUGUUGCUGUGGCGGCAAGCUGACCAAUGGCGAGGCAAAGUGUCAGAUUAUGGCACGGCUAAUGUUUUGCAGCAUACCAUGUCAGUUGGUCCUGGUGCUAUGAUAUACAGUGCACCUGAAGCGCACAAUAAACAUCUAACCGUCAAGGUAUGUCUGAAAUUUUAAUAUUGGAGUUAUAUUUCUCAAUUGUUUGAUUGUGAUUGCUAUGGAGUACAAUGCUUGCAUAGCAAUGAGACAACAUUCCUCUGAUGUCAGCAGACUGCUAAAACACAACAAAAGAAAAGAAAGAGGAAGGAAAAGAUAAAUGAAAAUAUAGCAAUUUAAACUAGCAGGCAAGCUCCUUCAUUUUUAACUUUUCAUUGUUAUUGUCUUUUCGAGUUUAGGUUGAUGUGUACAGUUUUGGAGUUCUCGUCUGUGAGAUUUGCACCCGGGAACUGCCGGAUCCUGACAGGCGCGACGAGCAAGUUGCCAUGGUGACAAACCGAGCACUGCGAACUCUCAUCUGGAGAUGUCUGAAACGAGCUCCUGAAGCGAGACCCAGCAUGGAAGACAUCAUUGGUGAACUGGAACAACCAAUGUUAGAUUAG